CGUCGUCGGGAGCGCGUCGGCCGGCGAGCUGCGGAGCCAGCGCGGGCGCGGAGCUAGUUGAGCCGCCUUCUCCCCUUCUCUUCCGAGUUUGGAGGUGCCUUUUCCUGACUUGGGGGGCUGUCGUUUUCGUCGUCGCCUUCGGCCUCGAAGGCGAUUUGUUUGGAAGAGUGACAACAAAUAUUGGCAAAUACCUGUUUUGUGCCAGAGGGGAAGACAAUGUCAGAGCUGAAAACCUCUUAUUCCUAUGAUGCGCCCUCAGACUUCAUCAAUUUUACAUCUUUGGAUGUUGAAGAAGAUACUGAAAACAUAGAUUCUUGGUUUGAUGAGAAGGCCAAUUUGGAGAAUAGGAUAUCGGGGAAUAAAUGGGCAAGAAUUUUUCAGAGCAAAACUCCUUUGAAAAAGACUAAUCUCCAGCAAGCUCUUCUUACUCCUUUGAGAUCAGUUGACAAUACUUCUAAAGAGAUAGAUAAAGAAAAUCUGGUGGAGGAUCCCAUUUCAUCAAAUUCUUGUUCUUCUUUGAAAGUCAAGGCAACUAGGACAAGAAAUACUCCAACCCAACCUCAGAGAAGAUCUAUUAGACUUUCUGCUCAGAAGGAUUUGGAACAGAAAGAAAAACAACAUGUAAAAAUGAAAGCCAAGAGAUGUGCUACUCCUGUAAUCCAUGAAAUUCCACCCACCAAGAAAAUGAAAGUUUCUAAUAACAAAAUGAAGCCAGAGGAAGAUGGUAGUGCUCAAGAUAUUUCUCAGAAGAAUGAAUCUUUCCAAGAGAAAGCCAAAGGCAAACAAGGAAGUUUGCCUUUGAGACAGAAAGUUCUAAAAAGUACGGAGGAGCAAGAGUUGGAAAUGAGAAUGAAGAUGCAGCAGGACGUGAUGGAGAUGCGGAAAAAGAAUGAAGAAUUCAAGAAAAUUGCUCUUGCAGGAACAGGACAGUCUUUGAAGAAACCAGUGAGCCAGGUAACCAAAGCAGUUGACUUCCAUUUUCGCACAGAUGAGCGAAUUAAACAGCAUCCUAAGAACCAGGAAGAAUAUAAGGAAGUAAACUUUACAUCUGAACUGCGGAAGCAUCCUUCAUCUCCUGCUCGAGUAUCUAAAGGAUGCACCAUUAUUAAGCCUUUCAACCUGUCCCAUGGAAAGAAAAGAACAUUUGAAGAAGCAGCUUCUACAUAUGUGCCUCUUGCACAGCAGGUCGAAGCCUUCCACAAACGAACCCCUAACAGAUACCACUUAAGGAGUAAGAAGGAUGAUGUUGCUCUGUUGCCUUCUAAACCUGUUGUGGCUAAGAUCUGCAAAGACCCACAGACGCCUGUACUGCAAACCAAACACCGUGCAAGGCCUGUCACUUACAAAAGUGCAGCGGAACAAGAGAUUGAGGAAUUGGAGAAAAUACGACAAUACAAGUUCAAAGCACGGGAACUUGAUUCCAAGAUUUUUGAAAGUGGGCCCAACCUGCCUAAAAUGCCUGUGAAACCACCUACCCAGCCUGUUGGCUUUGAUUUGGAAAUUGAGAAAAGAAUCCAGGAACGAGAGUCAAAGAAGAAGUCGGAGGACGAACACUUUGAAUUUCAUUCCAGACCUUGCCCCUCUAAGAUCUUUGAGGAUGUUGUGGGUGUUCCUGAAAAGAAAGUCCUUCCAAUCACUGUUCCCAAGUCACCAGCCUUUGCGUUGAAGAACAGAAUGAGAAUACUCACUAAAGAAGAUGAAAAAGAACAGGAGCCCGCAGUGAUAAGAGCUCAACCUAUGCCGCAUUACGGGGUGCCUUUUAAGCCACAAAAUCCAGAGACAAGAACUGUGGAAAUAUGCCCUUUCUCUUUUGAUUCUCGAGACAAAGAACGUCAGUUACAAAAGGAAAAGAAAAUUAAAGAACUGUUGAAAGCAGAGGAGAUGCCUAAAUUCAAGGCACAUCCUUUGCCUUAUUUUGACACUAUUAACCUACCAGAGAAGAAGGUGAAGAAUGCAACCCAGAUUGAGCCUUUUAGCUUGGAGACGGACAAAAGAGGUGCUCUGAAGGCACAGACUUGGAAACAUCAGCUGGAAGAAGAACAAAAGCAGCAGAAAGAAGCAACUUGUUUCAAGGCUCGACCAAACAACAUCAUCUCCCAGGAGCCCUUUGUUCCCAAGAAAGAAAACAAAAAACUUGCUGAGAACCUUUCUGGUUCUCUAGUUCAGGAACCUUUCCAGCUCGCCACUGAGAGGAGAGCUAAGGAGUGGCAGGAACUGGAGAAGAAAAUGGCAGAAGCCGAAGCCCAGAAAGCCCAGCAGUUGGAGGAGAUCAGGCAACAGGAAGAAGAACAAGAGAAGGAAGAGCUGGCCAGGAUACGGAAAACACUGGUGCACAAAGCCAAUCCAAUCCGAAAGUACCAGGGCGUGGAGAUAAAGUCCAGCGACAAGCCUCUGACGGUGCCUGUGUCUCCCAAGUUCUCUACACGGUUCCAGUGUUAAACUGCUGCAGACACCACCUCAGAACAGGAAAUGCUCUUUACAUCAAGUCCGGAGCUUUCUUUCAAUGCUACAAGGGCAUGGAGAGAACUCAUUUCUGCAAAUUUAACCUACAUAUCCAGCGGAGCAUCCCUGACAACUUUGGACUCCAGCUUUUUAUUCUUGAAGCAAAUAAAUA